AUGGAUAUCAUUGCUAGGUGUAAAGUGUACCCAUUGGGCAAAUACAUAACCCCGGCACAGAGGUCGUUGGACCUGCCACCAGCGGGGCACACCAUCACGAACGGGAAACCACACUCGACACACAGCAGGGUACACAUCAUCGUGAAGGAUAUCCGACACGGGCAAAUCAUACAGGACAUUCUGACACAGUCAGCGGGCCACGGGUGUGUUCUCGUGGUGGACAACUACGGGAACAACCACCCCCCCUCCGCAAAGGACACACAUACAGUGAGACACCUCGUCUCAUCGACCCGCGUGGAGGACCUCACGGCGUACCUCCGAGACGUACCAUCUCAAUUGCCUACAGAGGCCCGCACGAUGCCUCUACAGGGGAUCAUCGUGGACAACCUGUCGCUGUGCCGUCGGUCUAGGGGUCCCGGGGCGGACGCACAAUUACUGGAGACUCUGCGGAAAUUGCAACGACGGUACGGUUGCUGGGUCGUCACUGUAUCGUACGGGAUCGGGUUUGCUACCGCGGGCGGACAGCAACUCGCACAGACGGCGUACCCUACUUCACUCCCCUUGCAAUACUUGAACGAGUGCGACACGGUGCUGUACACUGAGACGCGAUCGCAGUGCAGACAGUUGAAGUGA